CGUUCAGGGCACCUCGGCAUUCUGGAGAAUCCAGCGACAUGAAUGUGGCAUUCACGGCGCGGAGAGAAAUACAGGAGGAGUCAAAGGGGAAAAAAAGUGCUUAAGUCCGAAAAAAUACUAAUAAAGAAGUGCGUGUUCGCUCUGCGCCGGGAGGAAUCUACGAGCUAACGCUUCCGGAAAUAACGAAACCGUCCUCGAAUACGAAAACAUUCCAAGAAAGUGGAUUUUCCUGGAAUAUCGACGCUGGGAAUUCUCCGCCAGCUUCGGCACAAACUGCCACCGUGGUCCGUUAACGUCCAGCGGUUUGAAAGUUCCGGAAGAGACGACGAAGAAAAUUGGUCUGUCCGUCCAAACGAGGAGGCAGGGACUCUCCGCGGAGGAAGGCCCGGCAUCGGCAUGGCGCUCUGAGGAGGAAGCGGGAUUUGAAUAAGUCCAGGUGGGAAGAAGGCGGAGCAUGGGGAAGGAGCAGGAGCUGCUGCAGGCGGUGAAGAGCGGGGACCUGCUGUCCACACAGAAGCUGCUGUCCAGACUGAAGAGCAGCAGGAACAAGUUGCUGGGCUCCACAAAGAAACUGAACAUCAACUACCAGGACUCAGACGGGUUCUCAGCUCUCCAUCAUGCUGCUCUCACAGGAACCACAGAGCUGUUGUCUUCUCUGCUGGAGGCUCAGGCCUCAGUGGACAUCAAGGACAGCAAUGGCAUGCGUCCGCUGCAUUACGCAGCCUGGCAGGGAAAAGCUCAGUCUGUGCUGAUGCUGCUCCGCUGCGGUGCGGCCGUCAACGGCGUCUCCAUGGACGGACACAUCCCGCUGCACCUGGCUGCUCAGUAUGGACACUAUGAAGUGUCAGAGAUGUUGCUGCAGCAUCAGUCUAAUCCUUGUCUGGUCAACAAAGCUAAGAAGACUCCUCUGGACCUGGCCUGUGAGUUUGGACGCGUCAAGGUGACCCAGCUGUUGCUGAGCAGUAACAUGGUGGUGGCGCUGUUAGAGGGAGAGAGGAAGGAGCCCACAGACUCUGCCUUCACCACGCCGCUGCAUCUCGCCGCCCGCAAUGGACAUAAAGACAUCAUACGGCUGCUGCUGAAGGCCGGCAUUGACAUCAACAGAACCACAAAGUCCGGCACAGCUCUGCACGAAGCGGCUCUGUACGGAAAAACAGAAGUGGUGCGACUGCUGCUGGACGCCGGCGUGGACGUCAACAUACGAAACACCUACAACCAGACGGCGCUGGACAUCGUCAACCAGUUCACCACGUCACACGCUAGCAAGGACAUCAAGCAGCUUCUCCGAGAUGCGACAGGGGUCCUGCAGGUCCGGGCUCUGAAGGAUUACUGGAACCUUCACGAUCCCACUGCGCUCAACAUCCGGGCUGGUGACAUCAUCACGGUGUUGGAGCAGCAUGUGGACGGACGUUGGAAAGGCCACAUCCACGACAACCCGAGGGGAACGGACCGCGUGGGCUUCUUCCCUCCGUCCAUCGUGGAGGUCAUCAGCAGAAGAAAUGGGGGCACUCUCUCCCGGCACGCCUCUCUGCCCGCCCAGCGCCAGCAGCUGCUGUCCAGAGCCCCCCUCUCCUCCAGCCUCAGCUCCUCCCCACAGACCGACGACUCCUACACUCUGUAUGCUCCGCCCACACAUGCGGUUUUGCCGCUAACCAAUGGCCUCUUUACCUGCACAGGUUUGUCUCCGAGCCACCCGUCUGCGUCCGCGUGUCCCUUCCAGGACAUCUGGGUCCUCAGGGACUUGUGUCAUGCAGGUGACAGGAACAGCGUGGGCAGCGUGGGCAGCACUCGUAGCGCCGGGAGUGGACAGAGCACCGAGAGCAACAUCAUGGCCAACGGUGUCCAGCAACACCCCGGUCACCAUGACAACACCAGCAGGACGGCGCCCCCUGCUGCUGAUUGUGGACAGCCUGAUCCUCCUGCAGGCGGGACUCCACGGAAACAGCUGCAGAAUCCUGCGGAGUUUGUCCGACCUCAGCAGCUGCUGGACGGAAAGGACGCAGACGCCAUCUUUCAGUGGCUGAGUGACUUCCAGUUGGAUCAGUACACGGGAAACUUCGUCAGCGCCGGGUACGACGUCCCGACCAUCAGCAGGAUGACGCCUGAGGACCUGACAGCCAUCGGAGUGACUAAACCAGGACACCGCAAGAAAAUAUCCAUGGAGAUCAACAACCUGAACAUCCCAGAGUGGCUGCCUGAAUACAUCCCAUCGGACCUGGGCGAGUGGCUCAGUGCCAUCGGACUCCUCCAGUAUCACAAGAAACUCUCUGAGAACGGCUACGACUCCAUCAGCAUCGUCAAAGACCUGACGUGGGAGGACCUGCAGGAGAUCGGCAUCAUGAAGCUGGGUCAUCAGAAGAAGCUGAUGCUGGCAGUGAGGAAGCUGUGUGACAUCCAGAGGUCGAUCCUCCAGGCAGAGUCAGGCCAAGACACGCUGCGACGCAAAGGCCCCAGAGGCCCCAGAGGCCUCAACUUGGUCACCAUUGAGCCCGCAGACCCUGCAGGUGAAUGCUCCUCCCUUCACACCCCAAGGAUGUUGACCUUCCAGGACAGCGAACUGAGCAUCGAGCUACAGGCGGCCAUGUCCAGCCACUAUGGAGGCUGUGAGGAGGGUUUGGCCAUCAAGAACGCAGUGGGAAUGUCCCAGAGCCAGGAGAGCAUUGACACUCGCUCUAGAGGCUCUGGCCGCUCCCAAGACCCUCCGACAGCCUCCGUCACCCCCCACAGCUGGUCCCAGGAGAACCUGCACCACAGCCCUGUCAGAGAGAGGAACCUUCCUGAGGGCUGGGACCAGAGGCCGCUGCCCAAGCAGGUGCCGCUGGGCACAGCCACUGUGUUCAAGUACCCGGCUGUACCGGCUAAGGCCAAACUGUCUGGAUCUUGUGGCCCCUCCCCUCAUGGCUCCCCAGCACUGAAGGGUUUCUCCUACCUUCAUUCUCACUGCGGCUCCACCGAGCUCCGCUCAUCCCACACCAAGUCCUUGACGCCGCCGAAGAAGCGCACCCAGAGCAUGACCCGCUACGCUCUGUCGGACGGUGAGCCCGAUGAUGAUGACGAAGAUUGUGCCGUUCCGUCAGGAACUCUGCCGUCCUACGCAACCUUGACCCGCAAGCCAGGUCGCAGCUACCUGGCUCGAUUGCAGUCAAGUCCUGAAAAGAGUGGCAGUGUGGGACGCAGUCAGUCCUUUGCCGUGCGUGCCAGGAAGAAAGGUCCCCCUCCCCCCCCGCCAAAGAGACUGAGUUCAGUAAGCGGCAGCACCAGUGUGGAGCUGAGCAACAGCAGCAUGACGCUGGUGACCGACAGUCCAGGGAGUGUUAGAAGCAUUGCUGCUUCUCUGGAGGGAAGCCUGGAAGAGAUCAACCAAACACCAGGACUUGAUCCAGACCAGGAGCUGCCUUCGCCCUCCCUGACCUCUGCAGGGCAGGAACCUGGAGUGUGUGCAGGUCUGAGGAGGAGGGUGCAGAGUGAAUGCAUUCACACACACACCAGCACUGAGCUGGACCGAGGGGUGAAGUCUGACACAGAGGAGGAAGGGAACCGACUAGAGGGCUCCUCGUCCCCUCAGAACAGCUCCAGCGAGUGCAUUCCUUUUGCAGAGGAGGGAAACCUGACCAUCAAACAGAGGCCCAAAGCUCCGGGGCCGCCCAGGGCUGAGGCUGUCCUGGAACCUCCAGACAACACAGCAUCCAAGACCCCCCAAGACGUACCCGAGUUUAACCUGAAGGAGUCUGACACGGUGAAGCGUCGACACAAACCUAAAGACAAGGAGCAGGAAGGAGGAUCCCCCACCCGAGAAGAUCCAGGGGCUUCCAGGUGUCAGUCUGAUAGUAACCAGCCUCUGUCCUUGAGUCAGGAAGAGGUCAGUCUGAGGAUCAGUGAAGCUGGUCAAGAGAGGUCUGCCAGUCCAGCCACAGGGUCCCCCAUCAAACCUCCACUCUCCCCGAAACCUCCUGCCAUUGCCCCAAAACCUGUGCGUCAGAGUCUUCUGGCUCAAGCAGCUGGAUUGUCCUCUUCAACUGUGACCGUCAGUGUAGUUCAAAGUGUAGCCUUUGCUUCUCAGUCUUCUCUGGUACAUGGACGUCCAGCUCCAGGUCCGACUCCGGCUCCAGGUCCAGGUCCAGAUCCAGGUGUGACUCCAGUUCCAUAUGCGUCCCCUCAGAGUCCGUCCCUGACAGCAGAGAGGACUGAGAUGUGUGUGGCUGGUCCAGGUCUUGUCCCAGAGUUGUCCUUUGGAACUGAGGUGGUUCAGCAGAGACUGGAUCAGACCAGCACGUAUCUGGAAGCCGCAUUGAAGGCUGUUGAACGUGAACUGACCCUUGAGGACCGUGAAGACAGCAGCAGAACAAACCCAGUGAAAUCAGCAGGAACAAUCCUGGACGACAUCGGCAACAUGUUUGACGACUUGGCCGAUCAGCUGGACGCCAUGUUGGACUGAAAAAAUGUCUCCUGCACCCGCUGUCCUCCAUGUAUUAUGCAGUAUACAUAUUUAUACUCUAUAUAUAUAUGUAUAUAUAU